AAAAGUCGCGGAUUAUUGAGGAUGGGUCGAAGAACAGCAGAGGAAGCGCAAGUCCUCCUUCGUAGAAGACUCUGUGAUCCCAAUUUCAUCUUCUCCGUCUUCUCCGAUUCUCCCGAUAGCAACUACAGCAAGUUGAAAUUUAUAGUAUCAAGUUCAGUGACUGAGGCCUGUAAUAAUUCAAUGCUGCUUCUGGGACCUCGAGGAUGCGGGAAAAUUGCGGUGUUGGACCUUGUUCUAGAAGAUUUACUGAAAGAAUAUCCUGAAAUGAUCUCAGUGAUUAAACUGAAUGGGCUUUUACACUGUGAUGACAAUUGUGCUGUAAAGGAAAUUGCUAGACAAUUAUGUAUUGAGCAUGAACUGAUGUUUUCUAAAAUGGCAUCAUAUGAUGAUAAUUCACAGUUUAUGAUAGCCAUGUUACGAGAAUGUGGAUUAGCACACAAGACGGUCGUUUUUAUAUUGGAUGAGUUUGACCUUUUUGCUCAGGGCAAACAAAGAUUACUCUACAGCUUGUUAGAUGCAAUGCAAUCUGUAUCAUCACAAGCUGUUGUCAUCGGUGUGAGUUGUCGAUUGGAUGCUGAUCAGCUGUUGGAAAAAAGAGUAAGAUCUCGGUUCUCACAUCGGAAAUUAUUGUUUCUUCCUCCCCCAAAGGAUGAUUUGCAGAGACUUUUGAAACACAUUCUGUUGCUGCCAACAGAUUCAAGCCUUCCUCAUGACUAUGUAACAGAAUUUAAUUCAAGAAUUUCUAACAUAUUAGCAGAUAAAAGAUUCAUCGAAGUCACUGAUAAAUUAUCAGAUUCUGACUCCACCUUCAGUAAUUUCUUGAGAUUUCUGUUUUCUGCUGUAAGUUACAUUGAUUUGCGAUCUGGUUUCAUGACUCUUGACAAUUUCAAAUCUGCACUUUCAACCAUCCAACGGCAGCCUAAGUUGGAUUGCUUAAAAGAUUGCUCAAUUCUAGAACUUUAUAUGAUGGUUUGCAUGAAGAGAUUGGAAGUCAAAGAACAGGGGUCGUAUAAUUUCAAUUCUGUAAUGAAAGAGUACAAAAGCAUACAUGAUUCCUUCCAGACAUCUGAUAAUUAUUCACGUACUGUAUGCAUACGGGCCUUUGAGCACCUUCUUGAUCGUCAGCUAAUAGAGUUUGCAGAUAGAGGACACAAUCAGUCUAUUGAGUUUCGUUCAGUGAAGCUGCUAAUUUCGUCCUCUGAACUACAUCAAGGAUUGAAAUCAAAUCGCUCAUGUCCGGUAAGUUACUUGGGUUUUGGUUCCAGCAAUUCUUCAAAAACUAAUGGAAUCCUGAAGGAUACAAAGUAUGUAGUAGUAGAAACAAAGAGUGUACAACAUUACGAAGAUUGA